AUAAUACCUGUUUCAGUGACCUCAAUCGUAUUGUCUUGAUAAAUGCAGAACAUACAAUUCUUGUAAAAAUUGCAAAUCAACACCCAAGUUUCAUUACUGAUAUUUUAUGAAAUACAUAAAGUUCGAUUUUAUAUUGUUACACAGUAUACCAAGAAUGACAGGACGUUUCAAGAUAGACCAUAUAGACCACUUUGUUAUCACAGUAAAAGAUUCUAUCAAAACAUGUGAAUUUUACUCCGAGGUGCUUGGGAUGGAAGUAAACACAUUCGAGGGCACUAGGAAAGCUUUAACAUUUGGCAACCAGAAGAUAAACAUUCACGAAUAUGGUAAAGAGUUUGAACCUAAAGCGCAUGCUCCUACUCCAGGCUCUGCAGAUAUUUGUUUCAUCACAAAACACAGUUUAGACCAUGUUAUUGAACAUUUAAAGAGUUGUAAUGUGGAUAUUGUAGAAGGACCUGUGGAACGGACGGGUGCCAAGGGACCAAUAAAGUCAGUGUACAUAAGAGACCCGGACAACAACUUGAUUGAGCUUUCCAAUUACAUGUAAAAAUAGACGUGUACAUCAGUUAUAGAUUGUAGCCGUUUAAGUGUC